AUGCUCUUUCUCUCUCUCUUAAAAGACACAAAAAAAACUUCCUUUUCAUUCUCUUUCUCUCCCUUUCCCUUUAUCCUGUUGUCCUUUGAAACUUGACAACUUAUUGGUUCUGUUCCUGUUUGUCCCCUGAGAAAAUUCGUACAUUUCCUCUUUUUUUUCAUUUCACUGGUUUUGCUUUUUUGUUACAGCAACCAAUAAGAGAGUUUUUUUUUUUAAAUAUACAUUUUUAUUUUUUUGGGAAAGAGACUAAUGUGGGUGGCGUUGGUAUGUAGUGAAUGGGAAGAUGAAAGGCAAUAAAUCAAGAUUUGGUCUAAGGUCAAGAUUAAUGGGGAUUUGUUUCAGUACUGAUAAUGACAAAAUCCUACAAGAACGACAGCGGUUAUCUUCUAAGGGAAACCAAGAAGCAGGGCACGACUACGAUCACUCUCCGACUAUAUCAAAUGCGCCGGAGGUGGUUGAGAUCAAAAGAACAAGUAGCAUCCCUUCAAUUCACAAGAAUGUCACAGAUCUUCGUAAUAGUCCUGGUUAUGGUAAUGUUGAUAUCUUUACAUACGAGGAAAUGACAUUGGCCACUAAGCAUUUCCGACCAGAUUAUAUUCUUGGUGAGGGUGGAUUCGGAGCUGUUUAUAAAGGAGUCUUGGACAAGAGUGUGAGGCCUGGUUACAAGACCACAUAUGUUGCCAUUAAGGAGCUUAAUCCUGAUGGGUUACAAGGUGACAGAGAAUGGCUGGCAGAAGUCAACUAUUUAGGUCAACUCAGUCACCAAAAUCUUGUGAAGCUCAUUGGGUAUUGCUGUGAAGAUGAACACAGGCUGUUGGUCUAUGAAUACAUGGCAAGUGGGAGCCUGGAAAAGCAUCUUUUUCGCAGAGUGGGUUGUACUUUGACAUGGUCAAAAAGAAUGAGGAUUGCUUUAGAUGCUGCAAAAGGACUUGCUUUUCUUCAUGGUGCAGAAAGAUCUGUCAUAUACCGUGAUUUCAAGACAUCAAACAUCUUGCUGGAUUCGGAUUUUAAUGCAAAACUUUCAGAUUUUGGACUUGCAAAAGACGGGCCGAUGGGAGAUCAUACUCAUGUGUCAACACGUGUCAUGGGGACAUAUGGAUAUGCUGCUCCAGAAUAUGUAAUGACCGGGCAUUUAACGGCUCGAAGUGAUGUUUAUGGGUUUGGGGUAGUGCUACUUGAGUUGCUUCUUGGAAGGAGAGCAAUGGACAAGAGCAGGCCUAGCCAAGAACACAACCUUGUUGAGUGGGCCCGCCCUCUCUUGAACCACAACAAGAAGGUUCUGAGAAUCUUAGAUCUCAGAAUGGAAGGGCAGUACUCAUCUAGAAUUGCAAUGAAAGUAGCCAAUUUGGCAUCCCAAUGCCUUAGCCAAAAUCCAAAAGGGAGACCCCUCAUGAAUCAGGUGGUUGAAUUACUUGAGAGUAUCCAGUCAAAGGAUGAAGCUGCCGUGUUGGAAACUAGUGGGAGAGGUGUAACCCUACAUGAAGUCCCAAGGCGCUCUCCAUACACUCCAGAGAAAGGAAGAAAUCAAACUAGAAGUCAUGAUCAUAGAGAAGGGGAACCUUCUCCUAACACUCCGGAUGAAGAAGGGAACCGGACUAAAAGUCAUGAGCAUAGAGAAGGGGAAACUCCUCACACUCCUUCAGAGAAAGAAAGAAACAAAACUAGAAGUCAUGAUCAUAGAGAAGGGGAACCUCGAAGGAGGAGCAAACCUGCAAAUGUAGGGAGCAGAAGUGAGCCCCCAGCUGAGAGUGAUCUGAUUAGCGCUCAUGUUGGAUUGUUGAAUCCUAUGACUGAAACGCAUCUACAUUGAGUUGAACUUGUACCAAUAUGGAUGGAAGUUGAAACUGUAAGAAAUGUCUAUCCAUUUUGGUGUUUUGAAAUAGCAAUUAUUCUCCAUUUCAUGGUAUUUUAGAUUUUCUAAACAAAUAUGCUGCUGAAGCAUCUCCGUCUCCUCUUCUUACACAAGUUACAAUCAUGUGUCAAUUUUCACUUACAGGAGAUUCAGGUUUAUGUUUA